AUGGGUCAACUCCAUGAUUCCUCGAGUGGCUCGAAUGUCCCCUUCCCGCAGCGUCCUGUAAUCAUCCUUGGUGCUGGAAUCAUCGGUUGUGCCACGGCGAGACUGCUCUUGCAAAAUGGUUUCCGGGUGGUGUUGGUGGCAGAAUAUCUCCCCGGCGAUCAAAGUAUAUGGUAUGCAUCCGCCUGGGCGGGUGCAGCAUGGCACGCAGCAGGGGCCAUCAGUCCCGAAUAUCGAUAUAUCCAAGCCGUCACUCACCGCCAUUUGCUUCGAAUGGCCCAGGAAGAACCUGACUCGGGCGUUUGCAUCGUCGACUCAUAUGAAUACCUCGAACAACCUCCUUCCGAGAACUCAUCAGCUUGGGGCAAAACUGUGCUCUCCAAGUGGCGUGACCUGCAACCAGGAGAAUAUCCUUCCGAGUUUAGCUGUGGCUGGCGCUAUGAGACUCUUGUGACCGAUCCGACGAUCCACAUGCCCUAUCUGGGUAAGAAAAUCACCGAGCUGGGUGGCCAGUUCAUCCGCAAGCGAGUCGAGUCUCUUGAGGAACUGCAUCAUAUGUUUCCCGAGUCCAGCAUUUUCAUCAAUGCCAGCGGGAUCGGAAGCCAGACCCUCAAGGAUGUGCGGGACGAUCGGUGCUUCCCUGAAAGAGGCCAAAACGUCUUCUACAAGACGGACAACUGCCGGACCAUGUACUUCCGGAACGGGCAGGAAUACACCUAUGUCAUCCCCCGCCCAAUGUCGCACGGUGUGGUCCUUGGUGGCGUGAAACAAGCAGAUAGCCUGUCGCCCGAGGUCGAUAUGGAGAUCGCUCGAGAUGAGAUUGCGCGGGCGCAUCGACUCGCGCCGGACAUUGUCCCAGAGUCGCCCUCUGAGGAGGCUCUCAGCUAUAUUGUCGGAAUCCGACCGUCGCGACGAGGGGGCUUCCGCUUGGAUUCUGAGCGGCAUGGAAAUCGGGUGGUUUUGUCUGCCUAUGGCUUCGCGGGUGGUGGCUAUGCCUUCUCGUACGGCAUUGCUGAUGCACUAGUUAAAAUGGUAGAAAGUGCCGAGAAGGAUCAAGUCUUACUUGGAUGA